UCCUGUCCCUGCUCCCUGGAGGAUUCAGUCAGACAGGAACUCCCGAGUGCUCCGCCUGGCUCUGUGAUCAUUAUCAGCGCACCAGGGAUCCGUGUCGAGUGGAAAACCCUCGCACUAAUAAAACAAACUAAACGUUUUCAAUACACCAACGGGCCGGAGGAGUGUUUACACGCCAAAACCAGCACUUCAUCGCUUUCAAGCAAGUUUCGCUCAAUGGGAUUGCUCGCCGGAGAACUGUAAACUUCCCUACUGGAAAUCGAGGGCUGGGUGUGUAGUGCGGCAGUGCCAUCACCAUGACGACCACGGUGACUCUCGAGGACGCCUUGUCCAAUGUGGACCUGCUGGAGGAGCUGCCUCUCCCAGACCAGCAGCCCUGCAUCGAGCCCCCUCCCUCCUCCUUGAUCUACCAGCCGAAUUUCAAUACCAACUUUGAAGACAGAAAUGCCUUUGUUACCGGCAUCGCCCGAUACAUCGAGCAAGCAACAGUCCACUCCAGCAUGAAUGAAAUGCUUGAGGAGGGGCAGGAGUAUGCCGUGAUGCUGUACACAUGGAGAAGCUGCUCCAGAGCCAUUCCACAGGUGAAGUGCAAUGAGCAGCCGAACAGAGUGGAGAUUUACGAGAAGACCGUGGAGGUCCUUGAGCCCGAGGUCACUAAACUCAUGAACUUCAUGUACUUCCAGCGUAAUGCCAUUGAACGGUUCUGUGGAGAGGUGAAGAGGCUGUGUCACACGGAGAGAAGGAAGGACUUUGUCUCUGAGGCCUACCUCCUGACCCUGGGCAAGUUCAUUAACAUGUUUGCAGUGCUGGAUGAGCUCAAAAACAUGAAGUGCAGCGUCAAGAACGACCACUCGGCCUACAAGAGAGCUGCUCAGUUCCUUCGGAAGAUGGCUGACCCCCAGUCCAUUCAGGAGUCCCAGAAUCUUUCAAUGUUCCUCGCUAACCACAAUAAAAUCACCCAGACCUUACAACAGCAGCUGGAGGUUAUCCAUGGGUAUGAAGAGCUCCUGGCUGAUAUUGUGAACCUGUGUGUGGAUUACUAUGAGAAUAAGAUGUAUCUCACUCCCACCGAGAAACACAUGCUGCUGAAAGUAAUGGGUUUUGGUUUGUAUCUGAUGGACGGGUCGGUGAGCAACAUCUACAAACUGGAUGCCAAGAAGCGGAUUAACCUGACCCGCAUUGACAAGUUUUUCAAGCAACUGCAGGUGGUUCCAUUGUUUGGUGAUAUGCAGCUUGAGCUGUCGCGAUACAUCAAGAACAGUGCACAUUUCGAGGAGAACAAGUCCAGGUGGUCGUGCACUUCCACUGGCAGCAGCCCUCAGUAUAACAUCUGUGAGCAGAUGAUCCAGAUCCGAGAAGACCACAUGCGCUUCAUCUCCGAGCUCGCCCGAUACAGCAACAGUGAGGUUGUGACUGGCUCAGGAAGGCAGGAGGCCCAGAAGACUGACUCGGAGUAUCGGAAGCUGUUUGACUCUGCUCUGCAGGGGCUGCAGCUCCUGUCUCAGUGGAGUGCCCACGUCAUGGAAGUGUACUCAUGGAAGCUGGUGCAUCCCACAGACAAGUACUCCAAUAAAGACUGCCCAGACAAUGCAGAGGAGUAUGAAAGGGCAACAAGAUACAACUACACCACUGAGGAGAAGUUUGCUCUCGUGGAGGUGAUGGCCAUGAUCAAGGGUCUGCAGGUCCUGAUGGGCAGGAUGGAGAGUGUCUUCAACCACGCUAUUCGGCACACCAUCUUCUCUGCCCUCCAAGACUUCGCCCAGCUCACCCUGAGGGAGCCCCUGCGCCAGGCCAUCAAGAAGAAGAAGAACGUCAUUCAGAGUGUUCUUCAGGCUAUCAGGAAGACCAUAUGUGACUGGGAGACUGGACGGGAGCCCCAUAAUGACCCCGCUCUGCGAGGAGAGAAGGAUCCCAAGGGAGGCUUCGAUAUCAAAGUGCCAAGGCGGGCUGUGGGACCCUCCAGUACACAGCUGUACAUGGUGAGGACCAUGCUAGAGUCUCUCAUUGCUGACAAAAGUGGUUCCAAGAAAACCAUGCGGAGCAGCCUGGAGGGACCCACCAUCCUGGAUAUGGAGAAAUUCCACCGGGAAUCCUUCUUCUACACGCACUUGUUAAAUUUCAGUGAAACGCUGCAGCAGUGCUGUGACCUGUCCCAGCUCUGGUUCCGCGAGUUCUUCCUGGAGCUGACCAUGGGCAGGAGGAUCCAGUUCCCCAUCGACAUGUCCAUGCCCUGGAUCCUCACCGACCACAUUCUGGACACCAAGGAGGCCUCCAUGAUGGAAUAUGUUCUUUAUCCUUUGGACCUUUACAACGACAGUGCACACUACGCCCUGACGAAAUUCAAGAAGCAGUUCCUAUACGAUGAGAUCGAAGCCGAGGUAAAUCUGUGUUUUGACCAGUUUGUCUACAAGCUUGCAGACCAAAUCUUUGCCUACUACAAGAUUCUAGCUGGAAGCCUUCUUUUAGACAAGCGACUGCGCGCAGAGUGCAAAAACCAGUCUGCUAACAUCCCAUGGCCAACCUCCAACAGAUAUGAGACCUUGCUGAAGCAGAGGCAUGUGCAGCUGCUGGGCAGAUCUAUAGACCUGAACCGACUGAUCACACAGCGGGUCUCUGCUGCCAUGUACAAGUCCCUGGAGCUGGCAAUCAACCGCUUCGAGAGCGAGGACCUCACCUCCAUCAUGGAGCUGGAUGGAUUAAUGGAAAUCAAUCGCAUGACUCACAAGCUGCUCAGUAAAUUCCUGACUCUGGACAGUUUUGACGCCAUGUUCAGAGAGGCAAAUCACAACGUGUCGGCGCCCUAUGGAAGAAUCACGCUUCAUGUCUUCUGGGAGCUCAACUACGACUUCCUUCCAAACUACUGCUACAACGGCUCCACCAACAGGUUUGUGCGCACUAUCCUGCCCUUCUCCCAGGAGUUUCAGAGGGAUAAGCAGCCCAAUGCCCAGCCCCAGUACCUGUACGGGUCAAAGACUCUCAAUUUGGCAUACAGCAGCAUUUAUAGCUUCUACAGGAACUUUGUGGGCCCACCUCACUUUAAGGCAAUCUGCAGACUCCUGGGAUACCAGGGCAUCGCCGUGGUGAUGGAGGAGCUGCUCAAGGUUGUCAAGAGUCUGCUACAAGGGACCAUUCUCCAGUAUGUGAGGACUCUAAUGGAAGUGAUGCCCAAAAUCUGCAGACUCCCCAGACAUGAGUACGGCUCUCCAGGUAUCCUGGAGUUCUUCCAUCACCAGUUGAAGGACAUAGUGGAGUAUGCAGAGCUGAAGACCGUGUGCUUCCAGAACCUGCGAGAAGUGGGCAAUGCCAUGCUGUUCUGCCUCCUCAUGGAGCAGUGCCUGUCCCAGGAGGAGGUGUGUGACCUGCUCCACGCAGCCCCGUUCCAGAACAUCCUGCCCAGGAUCCAUGUGAAAGAAGGUGAACGCCUUGAUGCCAAAAUGAAACGCCUGGAAGCAAAAUACACUCCGCUUCAUCUGGUGCCCCUGAUAGAGCGUCUGGGCACCCCACAGCAAAUUGCUAUCGCAAGGGAGGGAGACCUGCUGACCAAAGAGAGGCUGUGCUGUGGCCUGUCCAUGUUUGAGGUGAUCUUGACCAGAGUGCGAAACUUCCUGGAUGAUGAUAUCUGGCGCGGCCCCCUGCCCAGCAAUGGUGUGAUGCACGUGGACGAGUGCGUGGAGUUCCACCGGCUGUGGAGCGCCAUGCAGUUUGUGUACUGUAUCCCUGUGGGGGCCCACGAGUUCACAGUGGAGCAGUGCUUCGGAGAUGGACUGCACUGGGCCGGCUGUAUGAUCAUUGCCUUGCUGGGGCAGCAGAGGCGCUUUGACGUGCUGGACUUCUGCUACCACCUGCUGAAGGUUCAGAAGCACGACGGCAAGGACGAGGUCAUCAAGAGCGUGCCUCUGAAGAAAAUGGUGAACAGGAUCCGUAAGUUCCAGGUGAUCAAUGAUGAGAUCUUUGCUGUACUAAGCAAGUACCUGAAGUCUGGGGAUGGAGAGAGCAUGCCGGUGGAGCACGUCCGCUGUUUCCAGCCACCGAUCCAUCAGUCACUGGCUAGCAAUUAAAUGGAGUGCCUUGGACCAUAGUUACCUUCAAGUCUUGGUUAUUUUUUUUAGUGGGGUGUUGGUCAGUAUAGACACUGUGCCUCCCUCUGUAUGAGAUGGAAAAACAACUGUCCUUGAUGUCAAUCAGAUCUUUUCAAUAUCCUGUACACGCUUGUGCCUUAUUAAAUCUUUUCAAAAUCAUUAACCCUACAUGUCCCCAUCAUUUGUUAUGUGUAAGCCUUAAACUGGUAGUUUUUUUAUUUUUAUUUUUACCAUACUACCAUAGUUAUUUUUGUAUGUUUUAUACCUUGUAUUUGAACUUGUGACUCUGUGAGGGAAUGCAGUGGUUGCUAAAGAGUUAUUUAAUCAACUGAAAAUAACUUUUAAAAAAAUGUGGGUUGGUUUGUAGAAAAUAUUGUUUUCAUAAUAAAUUGCAUGCUUGAAUUAUUUAAAAACCAUAUUGAUCAUUUAACAAACAGUUAUGGAGUUUAACUAAUUUCACUUUGUCAAUUGUAUGUUAACCAUUUAUUGCCUAUGAUGUUUUUGUAUUUGACAUCAUCUUUAUAACUGCAUUUGAUUUCAUUAAAAACAGUGAAUCUUG